UGGGCGGAGCCACCGCCUCUGCCGCCUCUGCCGCGGCUGCCGCCGCAGCCCCGGUUGGGAUUUGAAAGAUUAAAAACUACCGGUGGCGUUGAAUGUGUGGCGGAAGCGCUGGGGGCCGCGGCUCGGCGCGGGGCCGGGCAGCCGGCGGCGUCUCCACACCAUGAAUUACCCGGGCCGCGGCUCCCCGCGGAGCCCGGAGCAUAACGGCCGGGGCGGCGGCAGCGCAGCCUGGGAGCUGGGCUCGGAUGCGGAGCCGGCGUGCGGCGGCGGCGGCGGCGGCGGCGGCGGGGGCGGCGUCUGCUGCUUCGACCACCUGCCCGGCGGGGCCCCGGGCGACGGCGAGGUGCCCCUGGCCCUGCUGCGCGGGGACCCCGGGCUGCACCUGGCGCCGGGCGCGGAGGACCGCGACCACCACCUGGCGCUGGACUCCUGCCUCAGUGACGAGAACUAUGACUUCAGCUCCGCGGAGUCGGGCUCCUCGCUGCGCUACUACAGCGAGGGCGAGAGCGGCGGCGGCGGCAGCUCCUCGUCGCUGCACCCGCCGCCGCAGCCGCCCCUAGUCCCGUCGGGCGCGGGGAGCGGCGGGGCGGCGGGAGGGGGGCUUGGGGAGAGGAAGCGCACCCGCCCCGGCGGGGUGGCCGCCAGGCACCGCUACGAGGUGGUGACGGAGCUGGGCCCCGAGGAGGUCCGCUGGUUCUACAAGGAAGACAAGAAGACCUGGAAGCCCUUCAUCGGCUACGACUCGCUCCGCAUCGAGCUCGCCUUCCGGACGCUGCUGAAGGUCACCGGUGGCCGGCCCCGGGCCGAGGCCCCGGACGGCGACCGAGUGUGCGGCCCGGCCUCCAGCUCGGGGGAGGACGACGACGACGACGACGACGGGGACGGGGACCGCGUCUGCGGCUUCUGCCCGCGCGCCGCGGGGCACGAGCCCGAGAUGGAGGAGCUGGUGAACAUCGAGCGGGUGUGUGUGCGGGGCGGCCUCUACGAGGUGGAUGUGACCCAAGGAGAGUGCUACCCGGUGUACUGGAACCAAGCUGAUAAAAUACCAGUAAUGCGUGGACAGUGGUUUAUUGAUGGUACUUGGCAGCCUCUAGAAGAAGAAGAAAGUAAUUUAAUUGAGCAAGAACAUCUCAGCUGUUUUAGAGGUCAGCAGAUGCAGGAAAAUUUUGAUAUUGAAGUGACAAAAUCCGUAGAUGGAAAAGAUGUUGCCUACCACCUCCCUCCCUUCUCCCUCCCUUCUCUGUUCAAAUGGAGAGGAUAUAAGGAGAGUUCAGAUGCGGCAGGUCUUAAGCGAAAGCGUUCUCAAGCUAUUCAUAGUUUCAAAUUGAGUCGAAAUCACGUUGACUGGCACAGUAUGGAUGAAGUGUAUCUUUAUAGUGAUGCAACAACAUCUAAAAUUGCAAGGACAGUUACCCAAAAACUGGGAUUUUCUAAAGCAUCAAGCAGUGGGACCAGACUUCAUAGAGGUUAUGUAGAAGAAGCCACAUUAGAAGAUAAGCCAUCACAGACUACCCACAUUGUAUUUGUCGUGCAUGGCAUUGGGCAGAAAAUGGACCAAGGAAGAAUUAUCAAAAAUACAGCCAUGAUGAGAGAUGCUGCAAGAAAAAUCGAAGAAAGGCAUUUUUCCAACCACGCAACACAUGUUGAAUUUCUGCCUGUUGAGUGGCGAUCAAAACUUACUCUUGAUGGAGACACUGUUGAUUCCAUUACUCCAGACAAAGUACGAGGUUUAAGGGAUAUGCUGAACAGCAGUGCAAUGGACAUAAUGUAUUACACUAGCCCACUUUAUAGAGAUGAACUAGUUAAAGGCCUUCAGCAAGAGCUGAAUCGAUUAUAUUCCCUUUUCUGUUCUCGGAAUCCAGACUUUGAAGAAAAAGGGGGUAAAGUCUCAAUAGUGUCACAUUCUUUGGGAUGUGUAAUCACUUAUGACAUAAUGACUGGCUGGAAUCCAGUUAGACUCUAUGAACAGUUGCUGCAGAAGGAAGAAGAGCUGCCUGAUGAACGAUGGAUGAGCUAUGAAGAACGACACCUGCUGGAUGAACUCUAUAUAACAAAGCGACGGCUGAGAGAAAUAGAAGAACGACUACAUGGAUUGAAGGCAUCAUCCAUGACACAAACACCUGCCUUAAAAUUUAAGGUUGAGAAUUUCUUCUGCAUGGGAUCCCCACUAGCGGUUUUCUUGGCGUUGCGUGGCAUCCGCCCAGGAAAUAGUGGAAGUCAAGACCAUAUUUUGCCCAGAGAAAUUUGUAACCGGUUAUUAAAUAUUUUUCAUCCAACAGAUCCAGUGGCUUAUAGAUUAGAACCGUUAAUACUGAAACACUACAGCAACAUUUCACCUGUCCAGAUCCACUGGUAUAAUACUUCCAAUCCUCUACCUUAUGAGUAUAUGAAGCCAAGCUUUCUCCACCCAGCAAAAGAACCUACCUCAAUUUCAGAGAAUGAAGGCAUCUCAACAAUACCAAGCCCUGUGACCUCACCAGUCUUGUCCCGCCGACACUAUGGGGAAUCUAUAACAAAUAUAGGCAAAGCAAGUAUAUUAGGGGCCGCUAGCAUUGGAAAGGGCCUUGGUGGAAUGUUGUUCUCAAGAUUUGGACGUUCAUCUACAUCACAGCCAUCUGAGACAUCAAAAGACUCAAUAGAAGACGAGAAGAAGUCUGUUGCCUCGCUUCCCACCACCACUGUUGCAACACAGACCCUUCCACACAGCAGUUCUGGCUUUCUGGAUUCUGCAUAUUUCAGACUUCAGGAAUCGUUCUUUAAUCUCCCACAACUUCUUUUUCCGGAAAAUGUAAUGCAGAAUAAAGAUAAUGCCCUCGUGGAAUUGGAUCACAGAAUUGAUUUUGAACUCAGAGAAGGACUUGUGGAAAGCCGCUACUGGUCAGCUGUCACAUCGCAUACUGCCUAUUGGUCAUCCUUGGAUGUUGCCCUCUUUCUUUUAACCUUCAUGUACAAACAUGAGCACGAUAGUAAUGCAAAACCCAAUUUAGAUCCAAUCUGAACUCUUGAAGGACAUUAAUGGCCCAAAACUGAUUUCUUUCUGUUAAAAUGUGUGUGUCAAGAUAUGGAGAUUUCAGGUUAAAGUGUUUCAGUUUUGUUUAGGGCAAGAAACAUUUGAAUUUAAAAGCACUUUAUUUAAAAAACAAAUAUUUUUUCAGCCUGAAAGAAGUUAUUUACAGUUUUCAUCAUUUUAAUUAUGAGUCUGAUACAACCCCCUGCAGAGAAUCAAGACCUAGAAUUGAGUUUGGGUGAACUGUAAGGUUAUAAAUCACAAUCUUAAUUUCUCCCAAAUAUAAAAGCAUAUUAAUGAGUUGAAUCUAAUGUAUUAACCAAAAUAUGUUGUAAAUCUAAAAUGGCCAAGGUCCAGUGUAGUCUAUGUAAAGAUCACAGGUGGUAUCACUGUUGUAGAUUUCUAUGAAAGCUUCCAUCUCCACAGUUCCUUUGGAAGAAGAAGAUAACAGAUUUCAAGUGUUUUGAAUUUAACUUGCUUAGAAAAAUUAAUGCUAAAAAAAUAUUUAAACUACUACUGUAUUUAUAAUUUAUUUCCUCUAACGACUUUAUUUCAACAUAUGAAACAUGAAAAUUUUUAAAUGUUUCCUUUGAACAAUUUAAGAAACACAUUUGAUUUCUAUAGAGUUAAGACCCUUUUUUCCUCAAAACUCCAUCUUUGUACUCUUCAGAUGAAUAUAAAGACACUGUGGCAUACUCUCAGUAUUUUUUGCAUUAAAAACUUGUGGUUUCACAUAAUUAAUACUAGUUCAGUUAUUUUAAAAAAAAGAACUUUGUAUUAUGUCAGAUGUACCUUUGAAAAAGCUCAAGUUUUCUAAAUUUGACACAAAGUACUCCAUGGCUACAUUUCAUUAACUUUAUUGGACAAUUAGUAAACAAUUUUGGAGUAGUGAGUACUACAACUAUUUUAAAUAUAUAAACAUCUGUGUGCCAAACAAUUAACAUAUAUAAAGGAAUGGAGUGCCACCAACAGAUUUUACUUGCGAAGUAUAUAAGAAAACCUGGUUGGGACACAAGGCACAUAGAUCAGGAUUCCAAGGCAUUGGGAGAGUUUUCCUCUGCUGUGAUGGUCUCCACAGUGCUUUUCAUCUAAGGAGCUCAAAGUGCUUUAAGAUUCAGUCAUCUAUGUGGUAGCUCCCUGUGGUAAGUAAAUGAGUGUCUUUCUCAUGUUACAUGUUAAUACACUAAGGCACCAAAAUAUUUUAAAGUGCCUUGAAUUAGAUUACAGAGCAAACAGAAGAGCUCAGAUUGAGGCUAGACUGUAUUCUUUUAUAAGCUGUUCAGUGACUAGUAAUUCACAUGUGACCUCUUAGUUUGCAAACAAUAAUAAUCACAAAGGUUGAAAUGUGUAAUUUGGAGAAGAGACUGUGAAGCCAUUAUUUUAGCCUACUUUUUGUAUAUGUUCUGGGGUUCUCACAUACAAAGGAGAGUUACUUAGAGGGGGACCAUCUCUACCCCAACCAACCCUCACUCCCUAGUGGAUUCUACUAGGUUCCACUUACGGUGCUGUCUUUGCUUAUCUUACAAGGAUUUUAGCUGCCUAGUAAUCAUUGUCAGACUGGGAGCAAAUUUGGUCAGUUGCACAUCUCACCUACUCUCUUUACAAAUAAUGGAAUCCAUAGGCUCACCUAUAGGUUCUCCUGCAGCACCAUCAGUUCUCUUGUCUGUUCUGGCCUUUCAUUGAAUUUGCACAACAGAAGGCACUUCUUUUUAGUGCUUAAAAAGAUCCCAAGGUUCCAUGACCAAAUAUGUGACUCCCUAAGAAAUGCUUGCUCUAAAUGGCUUUUGAUGAAAUCUUAGCAAAGCUGAAGCAAUCUCUUUCAAAUAUAGAGAUUCCAGUGAACUCAGGUCAUUUUCAUACCCUGUUUUACUUCAUAAGUCUAAUUUAGUUCUCAGGAAAAUUAAACUCCUGUCUCAUAUGACUGUAUCAUUAAAGGUACUUGAACAUAUGUUGCUGUAGGUGGUGUGACAUUCAAAUGUCUAAGAUCUUUAAACGAUUCAUUCUUAACUACUAGAAUGUGAAGAGAAAAAGUCUAUCAAACCUUUUAAUUUGAUAAUAAGUUUAAAAAAAAAGGAUAUACCCAUAGCUACAGCAUAUCAUCUGCUUAUUUUUCACGUUGUGGAAACAAAAUCAGAUUUAACCAUAUGGAGUUUAUUUGAAUUCUUGAAAAGAGCAACACUUAAAACCCCCUUGGCAAAAUGAGAUAGUCUUGGAUUACUGAACAGGUGUUUUGUUUUCAAUUCAUUAUUUCAUCAAUAGAGAUGGUGAUCUUGAUUUGGUCGUACUCUUCUUGCUUCCAUGUCUCUGCAUGUUAUCAUGGAAUGUACUUGUAUAUACUCAAGUAAUAUACAGAGUAUGUGUAAUUCCGGCUUGAUUUAGAAGCUAAGUCCGUUACUGAGUAACAUUUUGCAACUUUAUUCCGGCAAGUACUAAAUUGGCCAAAAAGUUCUGUUUUUGAUACCAUUAAAAUUUUAUUCUCUAUUUUGUGUAUAUGCUAUGAUGAUUCUUCUGAGUGCUGGUCAGAUCAUUCAAUUUUAAUCCAGUUAGGGUCCCAAGAAUGAUCAAAACUUAGAAUAAGGAGAAUGUUUGGGAUUAAAUCUUACCUUAUUUUACUUUGAAGUCAGCCUUUGCUAAACCCUUUUGUUCAUAACUUUAUUUUCAGCAGUAAUUAGGCUUAUGUUAAAUCCGUCGUUACUGUAUUAUAGGACAAAAUUACAAAAUGGGCUGGGUUUCCCAAGAACUACCCCUUUUUAUGUGAGGCAAACCUUAAGAAUCUUAUCUUUUACUUCUUUCUAUUAAAUAGCAUCUGUCAGUCUUUGGAAAUUCUCAAACUUCACAUGUCCUACCGAAGCCUUCAGACAGUGAAGUGUGAACAUUCGUCCUCAUUCUCUUCUCUCUGUUGUUUCUUCACUGGGGGCUGAAGUAUUGUGUUCUAUAUGGCAUUUCACACACCUUAUGCCAGCUUUGCAUUUCCCUGAAGCAUAGACGGGGGAAAGAAACCACCGGUGGUGUCCCAGUCGGUUCACCAUUCAUUUUCAGUGAUGGUACUUCAGCCCCUUAAAGAGACCAGACCUUGAGAUUUCACUGUAAGGCCUGCAGUGGAGGAAAAGGAAUUGAAUGGCUUUCUUGUUAAUUAGGUUGGUUAUAUAUUUUAGUCUCCCCAGCUACUACAUUUGGACAAUUGAGAAAGUUAGUUUGAGUGUGUGUCUUAAAAGUUUUUUUUUUUUAAUAUUCUUUUAAGUUUAUUUAAGUAAUCUAUAUACCCAACGUGGGGCUCAAAUUCACGGUCCCAAGAGAAAGACUUGCCUGCUCUUCCGAUUGAGCCUCCCAGGCACCUCUGUCUUAAAAGUAUUUUUCAACAAUCUUGUUGACAUGGAAAUGAGGCUAAAAAAGAAACAUGUGACAUUAAAGAAGGGUCAAGACAGAGCAAAAAAGAGGAUAUAGUAAUCCUACACCAGAGAACUAGAAUUUUACUCAACCCUCUAAGCCUUGGCUAGUUGACUUCUGUGAAUAUUCUCAAGUUUUACCUUAUCCAUAUUCUGUCAUCCUGGGCCUCCAGCCUCUGCCAGGAAUUGGAGGGUACUCUGGCUGAAUUUGAAACACAUGCGCUAAGUAUUUUUAUAAUUAGGUAUGGUGAAUAUAUAUAGUUUCCUAAUGUUUUGUAAGAAUUCACUUACAUGAAAAACCUUUAGCCAUACCUACAAAGAACAGAUCUGCAGGAAGCACCCCCUUGGUCUCCUAACUCUGUCUCCUCUAGAAUGGGUCUAGGGAGCCUGUACAACACACACUGUCUCCCUAUAUAUUCUCCUUUUGUAUUAGUCAAGGGGAAAGGAAGUUGCAAGGAAAUACAGUAUUGAGUUUGGGGCAGUGUACAGAAUGGCAGGAUAGAGAAUUUCAUCUCAAAGUUCUCAUUUAGUAAAUGUUAGUGCUGUGAUGAGAACAGCCUCAGUUAUAUACAUCCUGCUUCAGUCUUCAGUGGUUGUGAUAAUAUUCAAAGAAUCCUAAAAUCUCAGGAUUUAUAUAGAUUUUAGAGGUCAACUGCUCCAACUCUGUUUUAGUUUCAUGUGAACAUUUAAAUAGCAUAGAGUCAAGAAAAGUAAAGCCAGAGGCAGCAUGUUAGGUUCAGCCCAAGAGGUUCAAUGAAAGGCCUGACUGCACAGUGCAGAGAAGGGAAGUGACAAGCCCCUAAGGAAAGAUAACCACUAGCAGUAGUAGAAUUCUAAAGCUGGGAGGGGUGAAUAGAUCAACAUUUUCCAAAGCAUGUUUUGCAAAUAUCAGUAGACUUUUUUUUUUCAGAAAAUAAGUUUGGGAAAUGCCAAAUUAAAAGAAUCCUUUACAGCCGGACUUUGGAGCCUGUGAUACACUAAAGGUAUUAAGAACCUAUCUGCUACUGUGGGGGUU